AUGGAAGUGGUCCCACAUUGUACCUUCCUGAUCCAGAUCCUGGCAUCUGUUCUGAGUAAUGUUCCAGCAGGCAGGAUGCUGGGGACUGCGUGGCCACCACAAAACUCUGCUGAAGCAUUGAGCAGGCUGGAGAGUCAGAAAACACACCUGAAAAGUAUUUGUCUGCAAUAUCAGCUGUAUCUUCUUCUGAACAGCCAUUUCUCUUGCCUUUUAAAGAAUGAGAUGAGACUAAUAAUCUUCUUCCUAUGUGCUUAUUUACCAAAGACAGCAGCAGGUCACUGCAAAUGGGCAGAAGUUCUGAAAGAUUUGGAGCAGAUCAAGACAUCCAAAGACAUUGAUGUCAGCUUAUAUACUGCAAACACAGAUGAGGAUAAAGAAUGCCAAGAACCUAUAAUGAGAUGCUUUUUCUUAGAGAUGAAAGUGAUUGUUCAAGAAUGUUAUAUCAAAAAUUGCAGUAAAACACAGGAUGUAUUGAACAUAUGGAAAAACGGAAACGCAAGCUUAGAAAAUAACAAGUCGAAUUCCACAACAUCAGCAAAAUGCAAAGAAUGUGAAGAGUAUGAAGAAAAAAAUUUUACAGAAUUUAUACAGAGUUUUGUAAAGGUUAUACAGAGGGAAUGCAGACACUGACCAAAAGACACAAGCUGGGAACCAAGAUUCUUCCAUGAACACGCCUCAGAGAAAUUAGAUUAUCGCCAACAAUAAGCUACAAAGAACUUCAUUUACAAUCCUACUUACAUAGCACAAGUAAACAAAGAAUAAUAAAAUACCUAUUACUCACAAUGUAUUCAUAACUGAAUGCAUAUAAAUGAUACUACUUAUGAAAUAUAAAUGAAAGGAAUUUAACAAGGUUUAAGGCUUCUUCUUGACUCCAAAUGUCCUUAUUUUUUUUGUAAGUCCACCAGAAAAGAAAUCCUUCCAAACUAAACAAUCUUUCAACAAAAUUCUCUAGGAAAUUAUCAGGAUAUUUUCAGUGAGAACUUCCUCAUGAACAUCAGUUCAGGGCUGAGUGGGGUUUCAGAACAAAGCUCUUAUUUUAUUAUUAUUACUAUAAAAUUAUCAUACCCUGUUAAAUCAUUUGGCUACCUUUAUUAUCUGAAAUCUAUCCUUUUACUAUCUGUAUUCAGAUUAUCCAUCUGGUUCAUAUGGCAAUGUGAGGAAAAUAAAGACAAAGAAAUGAUAAUCUUCCAAAACCUCACCUUCUUCUGAAUGCUUUUUUAGAGGUGGUAUUUUCUUGGUCAAAUUAUACUGAUCAAGAAUCAAUUGGAUUUGUAAAAAUGGGGGAGAAAUUGUCAAAUACAGUAAAGAACGAAACAUCAGUUUAAAUGACUGAGUUAUCUGUAUCAUGGCAUAGGCAGAUCACUACCUCUAAAAGUGAAAAACAUACCGGGGAAAAAAAGGAGUGAAGUUAGAACAUGAACAGAAAUCAGGGAGAUUUCUGGGAAAUUUACUAAGAAAUACCUAGGGCUAAAGAACCUUAUUUUAACUUUAGCAUACAAAUUAAUAUAUCAUGCUGAUUGUCUUUCUUCUGAGUCUGAAUCAGAUUUUUUAGAGAUGAAUGGUGACUAACUAUGGGGUAAAAAGCUUUGAAGUCUCUGCCAGAUGGUGAAUAGGGAGGGAAGCAGUUGAAGAAAUAUCAGGAGUUAUCUAAGAUGUGUGGCAUAAUCUUUAGAACAUGUCCUCAUGGACAAAAGAAAUGAAUGUCUUCAUCCUCAACUGAUUCAUGAUUCCAUUUGUAAAAAGAUACGUCCAACAGAAACAGAUAAUAAUAAAGUUCCUAUCAACUGUGACUAUAUCACUGAAGAAGAGUUGAAUCCUUCAUCCUCCUCCUUCAAAAUCUGAUUUCCCUGGGGAACAUAAAUGGCUUUAUAUUCCAACGGGAUGCCUGCACAGUUCUUCCAAAUUUCUAAACCCAAGUAUUUACUUAAGAUUUAUCUACAGCUAGUCUCUCAUCAUAUUCUAAUUCUUUGGGCUAGAAAACAAAGCGACAGCAUGGUUUCACCCCCAGACUCUAAUUCCAUGAAGUCCUGAACCACAGAAACUUUGCCCCUUUGUUUCUUUUCCUAGUGAGACUUUCCACUUCAAUAUAUACAGGUCAGAGUUCAAUCACCCAGAUAAACUAACUUGCUAUAUGUGUCUUAAUACACCCUCCAGCAACCUCACUUUCCUUUCUUAUGUUUCACAUCAAGCGUUCUACAGAAAAAAAAAAAAAAAAAAUAUUAUCAGCACUUUCUUUUGAGCAGGAGAAUGUUAGUCAGAGUUACAAGCUUUAACAAAGUUUGCAUCUGUCUGAAACUUCUGGUUUACAUCCCUUCUCCCUGUGCCAUUAGCUUCUUCAGCACAAGAAGAGGUUCAGUUCUUGUUUCCUAUUUUGUGGUUACGGUUUUAUACAAAAUAUUGCUUUAUUUAAACCUGGUGAAACAGAGCUGAGAAUUAGCCAAAGUUCAGUACCAAAAUUUCCUGUAUCUUUCUGUAAGUGGCUGUGCCUUUCAAAUUAAAUAAACUUGCAUAAUAUGUGAUAUGGAAAACUAUGUGAUGCUCAGGGGAUCAACAUGCAGCAUAUAUAUAAAUAUCUUUUCAAUAAAUAUUAAAAAACAUA